AUGGCCUCCCUCCCCUCCCAGCACCCUUCGCUGGCGCUCCACCUGACGGACCGCGCCCUAAACCCUAUCCUGACCUCGGCGCACUCCCAGGCUCAGCUCGAGGCCCUCACCUCCUUGACAACCACCUCCCUGACCGCCCACGCCGCCGCGAACCGCUUCUCUCUCGGCCCCGCCCAGCGCAUCAUCGUCGAGCACGGCCCGGGGAGCCCCGUCGUCCUGGCCUCCUUCCUCAACGGCGCCGACGCCCUGCCGCACGACGGAGAAGGCCCCGCCGCCGUGAACAACAAUUACAAUCAUACUUCCGCCGCCUCCUCGAGGCCCGUGUCGUCGGGCGUCGCGGCCGGUGCUGCCCGGACGGCGGACUCGUCGGCGGGAGGCGCAUCUUCGUCGGCGAGGACGGGCGCGAUACCGGACGCCGGGAAAUCAGACGAUGACUCGGAGGACGCGGCGCCCAUGCUCGUCGGCGUUGUGGUCGCGGCGACUGGCGAGGAAGCUAUGGAGGCGCGUCGUGCCGCUGGAAGACUCGAGAGGGUGGGUAGGGAAUUUCAGCGGGAAUGGGCUGCCGAAGAAGGGACAUGUGACAUAUCCCGCGGAGGACAGUGA